AUGUCACAGAUAUCUAAUGCUUCCAUUUCUUAUCAAGCUGAAAAUAGUCAGCUAGAUUCUAGAAUUAUUGGUGAAUAUAAAAUAGGGACAGAGAUUGGAAGGGAAAACUUGGAAAUAGAAAUAUCUAUAUUGAAAGACUUGAAACAUCCUCAUAUUGUUGAAUUGUUGGAUUCAAAACAAACAAGUACUCAUUUCCAUCUUAUGAUGGAGUAUUGUUCUUUAGGUGAUUUGUCAUAUUUUAUCAAAAAGAAGGAUGAAUUGAUCAAAAAACACCCUUUGAUCAAAACUUUGUUCAACAAGUAUCCUUCACCAUCUUCAAAUCAUCAUGGAUUGAACAAAAUUUUAGUUUUGAACUACUUGAAACAAUUAUCUUCUGCUUUGAAGUUCUUGAGAAGUAAAAAUUUGGUUCACAGAGAUAUCAAGCCUCAAAAUCUAUUACUAUCACCUCCUAUUUUCCAAGCUGAUAAAUUUGAAGCUGAAGGUUUCGUUGGAUUACCUGAUUUGCCAAUAUUAAGAAUCGCUGAUUUCGGGUUUGCAAGAUUUUUACCAAAUACAAGUUUAGCUGAAACAUUAUGCGGAUCACCAUUAUACAUGGCUCCUGAAAUCUUAAAUUAUCAAAAAUAUAAUGCUAAAGCUGAUUUAUGGUCUGUUGGUGCGGUUCUAUAUGAGAUGUCUGUUGGUAAACCGCCUUUCAAAGCCUCAAAUCAUUUGGAGUUAUUCAAUAAAAUCAAGAAGGCAAAAGAUAGAAUUAGUUUCCCUGAAUCUGCUUCAAAUGUUGAUCCUCAAAUUAGAAGGUUGAUCUGUUCAUUAUUGAAAUUUGAACCAACGGAAAGAAUGGGUUUCAAUGAGUUUUUCAAUGAUGAAAUUGUUAACUAUGAUUUGAACCUAUUAUUGGAAGAUGUGAAUAAAGAUAUCAAUUUAGAACCUUCUCAAGUUGAUGAUAAUUUGUUUAUUUCAGAAUAUAUCAGUAAAGGUGAAAUUAUCAACAAUAAUAAGAUUGAAAAUCCAGAUGGUGAUUAUCCAGAAACAAUUGAAGAAAGAUCAAGUCCAGGUCCAGAAACUACGGUGGUUAAAAGACCAUCAUCUGCAGAUAAAAUGCCACAAAUUAAGCAAAUUACUCAACGUGAUAUUCAGCCAAUAACACAAACUUCUUCAAGUAACACUUCACCAGCACCAUCAUCUCAACGUCAACCAUCUCAACAACAAAUUCAACAAAGACCAAGUUUCAGAUUCAAUAACAGAGGUCAGUCUUCAGAUGCUGUUAUGGAAAAAGAAUAUGUCGUUGUGGAAAAAACUGCAGUUGAAGUUAAUGCUUUGGCUGAUGAAUUGGCAAAUGCUGGAACUGGUGCUGGCGCCAUUGCGUUACCAAACAAUUAUAUGACUCAGAAUCGUCGUCGUUCGUCUAGAACCUCAUCUGGUGGUUCAUCUGGGCCUGGUAGACGUCCUUCAUUUAAUGAUAGACGUGUUUCAAUCUCCAUCUCACCAACAAAUGCUUUAUCAAAAGCUCUAGGUUUGGCCUCCACCAGACUAUUUGGGAAUCAAACAAAUCCAAUCACUGUUUCUUCAACUUCAAAUAACCAUGCGCUAUCCACUAUUAAUAGCUCCAAUAAUUCAUUUACAAACAAUAUCAUUAUGAAUUCAACAAAUCAAAUCAUUAAUUACAACUCGUACAAGGCCAACAAUGGAAAUGAUCCUGAUAUAACUUUACAAUUGGAAUCAUUGGCUACAAAAGCCCAUGUGAUUAAUUUGUUUGCUGAAGUAAAAUUUUCUCAAUUGAUUCCAUCACCACCUUCUUCAAAUUCUUAUGCAAUUGAAGAUGAAGAUGAUGUUCAAGCACAUGAUGAUAUGAAUAAUCUACCACCAGAUGUUGUCAAGAAUUUAGCUGAUGAAGCAUGUUUGUUGUAUGUUAAAACAUUAUCAUUAUUGGCUAAAGCUAUGAACAUUGCAAGUGAAUGGUGGCACAACAAUGGUAAUAAACCUGAUCAAAGACUAAAUGAAAUUGUUCAAUGGAUUAGAGAACGUUUUAAUGAAGUUUUAGAAAAAGCUGAAUUUGUUAAAAUGAAACUACAAGAUGCUAAUAAAAGAUUAGGAGAAUCAAUGGAUUAUUUUGCUGAUAAAAGAACUGAUGAUAAAAUAUUUGCUGAAAGAUUAAUUUAUGAUCGUGCUUUAGAAAUUGCGAAAAACACUGCAAAGUCUGAAAUGAUGGGUAAUGAUUUAUUAGGUUGUGAAUUGGCUUAUUCUACUUCAAUUUGGAUGUUGGAAGCUUUAUUAGAUCAAGAUAAUGAUUCUGAGAAAUUGGAAGAAGCUGAUAAAGAAAUGGUUGAGAAAUACAUUGAAAGUAUUUCCAAUAGAUUAGGUGCUUUAAAGAAGAAACUUGAAAGUCAAAGAACAUGA